AUGGAACUCUCCGAAAAAGGUACAGCGCAAAUAAAGGACAAGAGUACGGAACUCGUCAGUGUGGAUCACCUUAAAGCAGGAAAGAAACCUUCGAGGAAAAAUGCAGAAUUUGCUGCAAUUAAAGACAUACAGAUACAAUUGAAAUUAAAGAAGGACGCAUCUCCGGUCUUCGUAGAAGCUCGUCCUGUCUCUUUUAAAUUACAAAUGUUAAUCCAAAAAGAGCUUGAUACAUUAGAAAAAGCAGGUAUAAUUGAGAAAAUCGAGUCGUGUAAAUGGGCUACACCAAUAGUUCCAAUUUUGAAAAAGGAUGGCAAAAUACGUAUUUGCGGGGACUACAAAGCUACACUUAAUCCGUAUUUAAUAGUCGACGAGUACCCUUUUCUUACAGUUGACGAGUUGUUUUUGAAACUUAGAAACGGAAAAAAAAUUUCGAAAAUUGACUUGAAACAAGCAUACCUGCAAUUAAAAAUAGCACCGGAAAAUCGCAAGCUAUUAACUAUCAGUACAUUCAAAGGACUAUACAAAGUAAAUCGUAUGAUGUACGGGAUUGCACCGGGUCCUCGUGAACCCGUGAACUAUUAA